AUGGCGCUGCGAUUAACAACAUGGAACGUAAACGGGAUAAGGAACCCGUUUUCAUACGAGCCAUGGAGAGGAAACCGGACAUUCGGGGCAAUGUUUGAUAUCUUGGAGGCAGACAUCGUCGUUUUCCAGGAAGCAAAGAUCCAACGGAAAGAUUUACAAGAUGACAUGGUUCUUGUACCAGGGUGGGACUGUUAUUUCAGCCUCCCAAGGCAAAAGAAAGGUUAUUCCGGAGUUGUGAUUUAUACCCGCAGCUCAAAAUGUGCUGCUAUCCGUGCCGAGGAAGGCAUAACUGGCACCCUUUGUCCGCCAAACUCCUCAACCCCCUUUCGUCAGUUAACUGCUUCAGAGCAGAUCGGUGGGUAUCCGUCUGUUGAACAAAUGGAGGAGCUCUCUGAAGUAGAUCCUACUACCCUCGAUUCGGAAGGGCGAUGUUUAAUUGUGGAAUUCCCUGCUUUUGUGUUAAUAGGCGUCUACUGCCCUGCGAACCGGGAUGAAUCUCGAGAUGGCUUUCGACUUGGCUUCUUAAGUUUACUCGAAGCCCGAGUGAGGAACCUCAUAAAAAUGGGGAAACGAGUCAUUUUGACGGGUGAUCUUAAUAUAUCCCCUGCCGCGAUUGACUCAGCUCCAGCUACAGAAAGGAUUAAGAAAAAUACGGAAACUGAAGAAGAGUACGUGUCUUCUCCUGCCAGGCGUCUUUUCAAUGGACUGGUGCGGCGUGUGGGUUCAACAGAAGAGACACAUGAUAUCGAGGCUUCUCCUGUUCUUCGAGACCUCUGUAGGGAGUUUCAUCCCAACCGCACUGGCAUGUAUACAUGCUGGGAGCAAAGAGUAAAUGCUCGACCAGGUAACUAUGGCUCCAGGAUCGAUUAUAUCCUCUGUAGCGAUGAUAUCAGGCCUUGGUUUGUUGAGUCUAAUAUUCAAGAGGGUCUUAUGGGCUCGGAUCAUUGUCCUGUUUAUGCUUCUAUAAGCGACACGGUGCCUUUUGAAGGGAGGGACGUUCACAUUCUGGAUAUCAUGAACCCCACAGGAGCAUUCGAAGAUGGAGUAGAACAGCCUCGUUCUAACAAAAUAACCCCCUUACCGCUAUCGGGAAAGUUGAUACCAGAGUUUGACCGCCGAAGGAAUAUUAAGGAUAUGUUCCGAAACCAUUCUUUGUCCCGGACCAACAGCGAAAUAAAGGCGUCAAUAGCAACUGAUACCCAGGCUGGACUAGAAAUGCCUGAUCCGGUUACGGCAAAAAAAAGUGCACUAGAAAGUAAAAGUCCCUCCGUAACAAUGAAUCCCCCUUCCAAGCGAUCGCACAGCAAGGCAGCACAAACCCCCCCAUCUAAGCGACUAAAACCAAAAAGCCGGCCUGCUGGUGCUCGAAGCAACGGCCAACAAACUCUUGCUGGUUUUUUCAAGUCGGAAAGGACCAGCCGUGCCGUCAGCGAGGAAAAUGCCACAACUUCCAGUGACUCACCGCAGGAGGCUCAAACUGAAGCAAGGCUUACACUUACCAGUGGGCUGUCAUCCACAAUGGAGCGGGGUGGCUCUUUACCCACUAGAGCGGCCAGUGCCUCUCCCGACAGUUCCGUUGCGUCCUUAUUCAGCCAAACCGAAUCGUGGUCAAAGAUGUUCACAAAAAAGCCAGUACCUAAGUGCGAGGGCCACGAUGAGGAUUGUAUUUCUCUUGUCACCAAAAAGCCAGGAAUAAACUGUGGACGAUCAUUUUGGAUAUGUUCGAGGCCGCUUGGCCCAAGUGGUGAUAAAGAGUCAGGAACUCCAUGGCGCUGCCCGACGUUCAUCUGGUGCAGUGACUGGAGGUCAAGCUGA